AUGAUCAACAACAAUUCUUUAAUAUUGGAGUACCACUUAUAUGAUACCAUUUAGUUGCUUAAGAAUAAUAAAUACAAAAAAUUUAUCAAUUUAAGUAGAAAAUUAGUUUGUAAUCCUUAUUUGGCAAAUGAUACAUUUUACAUUCAAUUAAAUAUCUAGCUAAUAAGGAGAUUACUGUACUGUCAACUAAAAGUUAUCAAGAAAUAUUUUUUGAACUUUAGUUCGAAACAAUAAACUAUUUUAGAAGUUUUAAUAACUUGUAUGAGUUUAUGUUAAAAUUAUCAAAUUUUGCUUAAUAAAUAUGAGACUUCUUUUGAUGAUAAAUAGAUCAAAGAAAAACAAAUAUCUAGAAAACUUAAAUUCUUAAAUGAACCAAACAAAUUAACUAUUAAAUAAUUUGCAAAUCAAUUUGAUAAAUUAGAACCAGAUAACAAAUCAACAAUUUGGAUCAAAUAUUAAUGGUAGUAGCUCUUUUGUUAUUUUUAAAAGACUUUACUUUUUGUCUAUCUAUAUUUCAAAAUGUCUUUAUUAAAAGAGGCUUCUCUUUUUUUGUUCAAACUAUAAAAAUUAACUCCUAUAUCUACAUUUUAAUCUAAAUUUUUAUAUUUCUAAACUCUAACAUUAAAGAAUGCUGCCUAAUUUGAAUUAUGUAACACUUCAAAUAAUGAUGUAUUAGAGUAUGGAUUUCAAAUGUUAUUAAAUUCUCUAAGAGAAUACCAUAAACCUAAAUCAGAUUUAAUAAAUAUAUAAAAAUAAUUGAUAAAAAUAACAACUACAUUAUUGAUUAAUUUAGAUAUAUAAAGUAAAUCUUAAGAAAUUAAUGAUAAUCAUUUAGAUUGUAUUUAAUCUUUGAAUUUGGCUCACUUUUUAGCCUCUCAAAUUUUAAAACCUUUGAAAGUGAAGGCUGAAUUUAUUGAGUACAUAACUUCAGAAUUUGAAUUUACAAAUGAAAAAUUUGAAUAAAUUUUAUUAGAAGAUUAAGAUCUAACAAAAUUUACUCAAUUUCUUUAUGGAAAUCAUGUUAAUUAAAAAUAAAAUACAAAAAUUAUUGGAAACUCAAAACUUUAAGAAAUGAUUAAAACUAAACUCUAAUAAAAUAAAAAUACAUAAUUUUAAAAAGGUUUUAAAACAGUUAAUAGUAAUUAAUGUAUAUAUGUCUCAAAUAGUUAAGAUAAAUUAACAAUGUAAGAUUACUUACCUAUUAAAAUUAAAUCGUAUCAUCAUAAGGAUUCAACUGCUUUUUCAAAUCCAUAUUCUUAAACUUCUAUAAAUCAUACUAUUUACAUCAAUACACUUAUUAAAGAAUCUCCAUCAACAAGAAGAGAGAGAAUAAAUCAAAAUGCUCAUCCUGGUAGUUUUUUAAGUUUAAAUAAUGUUUCAGUUGUUAAGUAAAAUUAGGAUAAGCCAAAAAAACGUCAAGUUUCUGUAAAAUGUAAAAGAGUUAAUACAAAUUCAGAUCAUAAGAAAAGUUAUUUAAGUUAAUUGAUUAAUUUAAGAUAAAAAUCUAGUUUAACUUUAAGAGAUGAAAUGAGUGAAUUAGAAAAAAAUCAUCAAAAACUAUUAAACUAAUUAAAUAAUUAAUAAAAAUCAACUAAAAUAUCAACAAUAGAUGAAUUCUUUAAUAAGAAAAUUGAAGCAAUUGCAUUUGAAGAAUGUUUGACUUUAGAUCAAAUUAAGGAUACUGCAAAGAAGAUCAUUUAAACUGAAUGGGAAAUUCAUAAAGAGAUGCCAGUAACUAAAAGUUUAAUGAAAUCAAUAUCAGUAUCUGACAUAUAAGUUGAAUAGAAAUAGGCAGCAUAUAAUAAACUUUAAGAGUAUAGAGAAAUAUAAAAUGUGGAUUAUUACAAUACAGAGAAGGAUAGAGCAUAAGAUUAAAUGGAAUAAACAAAAGAAGUUAAGAAACUCAAAAUUAAUUAAUAGAGAUUUUCUAUGAAACAUAGAAGUAGCUAAUAAAACUUAUUAAAUUCUCAAUAGAUAAAAUCUUUAGUUAUAAAUGAUACUAAGAUUUAAGAAUAAUUUAGUUAGUAGAUCUUAUAACAAUAAAAUUCAACAGAGUAAAGAAUUGAAAUGAAAGUUUCACCUAGAUUAUCAAGAAAAAAUAAUUCAAUGUUGUAUAAUUCAAAUUUAGAGUAGGAUAAUCGUUAAAAGGGGUUUUCUUUAGUAAAAGGAUAGUUGAUAGAUUUAAUGAUAAAAAAUCUUGAAUAUAGAGAUGAUUUAAAUAUGUAAGAGAAAGAAUUAAAAUAAGUAUUUUAUAUAUAAAUUUGAUAGUUUGUAUUACCUAGACAAUUCAGAACAAAGGCAAUAUCUCCAUAAGGUGGUGAAUUUUCAUUAAAAUCCUAGAAUAUGAGUGAUUUUAAGUCAUUUGCUUAUAGUACAAAUUCUACAUAGAUUACAUCACAAAAUAUGGAAAAUAAAAUACAUAAGACAUUUACACAUUAAAAAUAAUGA